AUGGAAUUCGGAGCUUUUCUUCUGUCCUUAGGGACAUCGGCGGUGAUCUUCGUCGUUCUCAUGCUUCUCUUCACCUGGCUUUCUCGGAGAUCCGGAAAUGUUUCGAUUUAUUACCCGAAUCGGAUCCUUAAAGGGAUGGAGCCUUGGGAAGGCGGCUCCUUGACCCGAAACCCUUUUGCUUGGGUCCGUGAAGCUUUUACCUCCUCCGAACAAGAUGUCGUUAACUUGUCCGGCGUCGACACUGCCGUCUACUUCGUCUUCUUGAGCACUGUAUUGGGGAUAUUUGCUUUGUCCGGUCUACUCAUCUUACCGACUCUAGUCCCUUUAGCCGCUACAGACGACAGUAUAAAGACCAGUAUAAGGAACACGACUGACACCACAAGCGAAGGGACUUUUAGCCAACUUGAUAAUCUAUCAAUGGCUAACAUCACAAAAAGGAGUUCAAGGCUUUGGGCGUUCCUUGGAGCGGUUUACUGGAUAUCUCUGGUCACAUAUUUCAUGUUGUGGAAAGCGUAUAAGCAUGUCUCUGCAUUGAGAGCUCAAGCUCUCAUGUCUACUGAGAUAAUCCCAGAGCAAUUCGCUAUUCUUGUUCGUGAUAUACCUUCCCCACCUAACGGACAGACUCAGAAAGAGUUCAUCGAUUCUUAUUUCCGAGAGAUCUACCCUGAGACAUUCUACAGAUCACUCGUCGUUACAGAAAACAGCAAGGUUAAUAAGAUAUGGGGAGAUUUGGAAGGUUACAAGAAGAAGCUUGCGCGCGCAGAAGCAAUCUUGGCAACGACGAGUAACCGACCCAUGAACAAAACCGGCUUUCUUGGGCUAGUUGGGAAAAAAGUAGACAGCAUUGAGUAUUACACCAAGCUGAUCAACGAAUCUGUAACCGAUCUAGAGGCAGAGCAGAGAGCUGUUCUUGCUGAGAAGCAGCAAACCGCAGCAAUUGUUUUCUUCACCAACCGUGUCACUGCCGCUUCAGCAGCUCAGUCUCUACACUGCCAGAUGGUUGAUAAAUGGACAGUCACUGAAGCUCCUGAGCCUCGCCAGCUUAUCUGGAACAAUCUCAAGAUCAAGCUGUUCAGUAGAAUCCUCAGGCAGUACGUGAUCUACUUCGUCGUUGCAGUAACCAUUCUGUUUUACAUGAUCCCGAUCACGUUCGUCUCUGCAAUCACUACUCUUAAGAAUCUCCAGAAGAUUCUUCCUUUCAUAAAGCCGAUUGUGGACAUAGCCUUCAUAAGAACCAUUCUUGAGUCUUACCUUCCUCAGAUUGCUCUCAUCGUUUUCUUGAUGCUGUUGCCUAAGUUUCUCAUGUUCCUUUCCAAAGCUGAAGGGAUUCCUUCGCAGAGCCACGCCAUUAGAGCUGCCUCGGGCAAGUACUUUUACUUCUCGGUCCUGAAUGUCUUCAUCGGUGUAACCCUUGCAGGGACUCUGUUCGACACUUUGAAGGAACUUGAAAAGGAUCCCAACUCCAUCGUUACCGUUUUGGCUACUAGCCUUCCUAAGAGCGCUACUUUCUUCUUGACCUACGUUGCUCUCAAAUUCUUUGUCGGUUAUGGCCUCGAGCUGUCUCGGAUCGUACCUUUGAUAAUAUUCCAUAUAAAGAAGAAGUAUGUCUGCAAAACCGAAGCAGAGGUCAAAGAAGCUUGGUAUCCAGGAGACUUGAGCUACGCCACUAGGGUUCCUAGUGACAUGCUCAUCCUCACAAUCACCUUCUGCUAUUCCGUAAUCGCUCCUCUAAUCCUCGUAUUUGCCGUCAUCUACUUCGGUUUAGGGUGGCUCAUCCUCAGGAAUCAGGCGUUGAAAGUGUACGUUCCAUCGUACGAGAGCUACGGAAGGAUGUGGCCGCAUAUUCACACACGCAUACUAGCGGCAUUGUUUCUAUUCCAAGUGGUUAUGUUUGGUUACUUGGGGGCCAAGAUAUUCGUUUGGGCGAUCCUCGUGGUUCCUCUUGUCGUCAUUACUCUUGUUUUCGGGUACGUAUGCCGCCAGAAAUUCUACAAAGGGUUCCAACACACUGCUCUAGAGGUGGCUUGCCGUGAGCUGAAGCAGAGUCCGGACUUGGAGGAGAUUUUCAGAUCAUACAUUCCGCAUAGCUUGAGCUCUCACAAACCAGAAGAUCACCAGUUUAAAGGCGCAAUGUCUCGUUAUCAAGACUAUGCUGCAAUAUCAGCCGCUUGA